AUGAAAAAUUUUAUAAAGCAUAACAGGAAAUUGACCUCGUUCCUUCAAACGCGAUUUCUCACAGAAAUAGUUAAGACGGUCGUUUUGGUUUCACAAAUGAUUGCACUCGCAAAAGAUUCCAUAGACAACGAUAUUCGCCCAAAUAUUAACUCGAAGAUUCGUGAAAAAAUGCGAGUAAAUUUAGCCAAAAAGCGCGAAAAAAAAGCAGAAAAGAAGCAAUUUAUUAAAGAACAAUCGUCGGAAAUGGAAUUUGAUGAAAAGCUGGGAGAGAAAUAUUUAUCAAAGCAGUUAUCAAAUGAUUUCUUAUCAGAUGAAGCACAAUUUGAAUUUUUAACGAAAGUUUAUGAAAAAACUGACACUAAUUUAUCAAAAGAGGAACCAUCUGGUACCAUUUUUUGCCUAUUUUAUAAUGAAAGUAUAAUUCAUUAUACAAAAGCAAAGCUUCAAUGUCGGAAUGAUGCAGAAAGAUUCAAGACAUUUUGCAAAAUAUAUGACAAAAAAAAUCUUUCUUCAGCUGAAACUGGCCAGCAGAGGUCAAAUAUUCAAGAAAAAAAGGGGGAGGAACAGUGUGAAUGCACAGAUUUGGAAAAAAAUGGUUUUACAGAGGCUUUAGACUAUUCACUAUUUGUACAAAGAUUCGGUGACAGCUUUUUAGACAAAGAUGGCGUCAUUCUCAAUAGCAACCAUCGAGGAACUUAUUUAACGCAUGAAAAGCAGCCUGUUCUUGCUGUUAUAUUACUAUUUCCUCCAGAAGAAAACUAUGAUGAAGAUAUGAUAUACAGCGAAUAUAAAAAAGGCGAAGACUGGCAAUCUUCGUCUAAUCGAUUAUCUAAUGCCAAUUAUAUUGAAAUGGAUAUUAAUUUAAAUAAAAUUAUUUUUGAUGAACAUUGGUUAUCCAGCCAAGAAGACAAGUUGUGUACAGUUAUCAGAAGUCUUCACAAUGCUCAAGAUUUUUGGCUACAACAAUCACUGAUUGUUAUCAAGAAGAUUGAUGAAAUUAAUAACGCAAGAAGCAAUACUGAGAAUCUGUAA